UGUGCGGGAAGUUCCGCCUGAUUGCGCCAGCGACGGAAAGUGUAGCGCCGCUGUUGCCGCCUUAGCUAGGUUCCACGUCCCGACUGUGCAGGCUAUAGUGCUCGAGAUUGUUGGGUGCGCGAGCCGAAGCCGACACCAGACAAUUCCAACCUGGGGCCGCUGCAAAAACACAACCGGUGACACCCUCCCAAGGACAGCGACCGUCCUCGUGAGCGAGCACCUCCGAUCAGCCGACGUCGGUGUCCCACCCACCAUCACGAAGACCAAUCCGAAGUAUCAGCAAGAGACAAGGGGGGAGGAGGUCAAGCGCCAGGCGGCGCUAGCGGAGACCAACGCAGGCCGCAGGAGUUGCGACCCCCGCGUGCCUUCCGGAAGUCGUGAUGACGGCGCAGGACGGAACUACGUUCGCUGUGGACAGCGUGGACAGCCUGUUCGAGUGUCCCGUGUGCGCGGACAGCGUACUGCCGCCCAUCCUGCAAUGUCGCAACGGCCACCUGCUAUGCUCCAACUGCCGGGAAAACGUCACAAGUUGUCCCGUCUGUCGGUGUCAGCAGCCCAAUAUCCGGAACCUCGGCUUGGAAAAACUGUCCGAGAAGGUCAAGUUCCCGUGCAAGUACAAGGUCAUGGGUUGCCCGUCCAGACUAUCUGCAGCUGACAAGCUCCGGCAUCAAGAGAGUUGCGAUUUCAGGUCAUUUCGGUGCCCGUACCCAAGCGGCAAAUGUGAGUGGCACGGAUGGCCGUUAGAAGUAAAGACGCACCUCGUCAGUUCUCACCCACACGUUUCGACGUUCGAAGGCGAGGAGAUGAUGCUGCGCGUGAAUGCCACCGGUGCAGACGCCAUCGCCUACUGGGUCCAGAUUCAGCUCUGUUUCGAACGCGAGUUCAUGAUGGUCCUGCGCAGGACGCCGAUAGCCGAGGAGCUGUGGCAGUUCUGCGCCGUCAUGCAGAUGCUUGGCCCGAGCGACGCGUCGGACAGGUUCGCCUACCACAUGCAGUUCAGCGGGCUCCACGGCCAGUGCGCCCACGAGGGCAUGCCGCUCGACAUCGAGAGCAGCGUCGAGGUUGCCAUGGACAACGGCGACUGCCUCCAGUUCGAGAUGAGCAACGAUCAGAUGCAGCUCUAUGACGGAGUGCUUCGGAUCAAGUCGACCGUGAGCGACCUCUCCUGAGUGCUCGCGGUUGCGAGCGACAGCUGCGCAUGGUCCGCCCUUCUGCUCUCGGGAGUGAAUUCCACGCGAAGUGCAACGAGCGAUGAAGGCGUGCUAUGAUAUAACACUGCGUUUGCUGGCUAAGCCUAGUGAAAAGGUGUGGCCUUAUUGGAGCUCCUUGUUUGGAGCUCGAGCCCAAAGAACGCAAUGGUGCGUUGUAUUGCUGUAACUGGUCGCAGCAACCUUGUUUUAAUAUUUCGUGUUUUAUGCCGUUCAAUAAACCUCAAAUAAAGUGCCUGCAGUUAGGGGGCGGGGCAAUGAUGGCGUGUCAAAAACCGUGGUGCGUUGUUUCCUGCAUUUGGCUGUCGGGUGUACGCGGAUACCAUCCUAGAUGGCGUUGUCAGCUAUACCUCUCUUGGACUCGGAUGCCUCGGCCUCCGAUAUCGUGGGCUGAUGAUAGGUUCAGCCGACAAAUCUGUGUUCUUGUAAUUUGUACAACUCCACUGCCGCCCAAUUCGUCGAAACUUCCUCUGCAGGAAAAAAAAAAACAUUGUUUUUAUUUUAACUUUAGAACACAGGCUUUUCUCCGGCCCGAAUGAAAGCGCAGAAAGAUAAAGAAGUCGGACUAAAGAUGGCUUGUUCUUGACAGGUUGGUUGAUACUUGGUGAAGCCACUCUAGCGCAAAUAAAGCAAACACAAAUGACACGAGAAUGAGCAUAGAAAUUGUUUCUUUUGUAGCAACUAAAUUUCACGUAGAGGAACUUCUCACUACCAGAAGCUUGGAGUAUGCUAUAUCCCCGCUGCGAGAUAACGUUCUUUUAUUAAACCUAAGAGGCCUCAAUACGUGGCCUUGCAUUACGGUUAACAUAAGUGCCAUUACAUUCGAAUUGGAAGCGCUUUAUGAGUAUCAAUUAGACUGUUUGUUCCUUUCCGUCUUCAGAACGAAAUAUGUGGUCCCGUAAAGGUAUGCAUUGAGCAUAACGGUUCAUUAGCAUUCCGAAAUUUAGUGGGUA